CCAAAUCUCCCCCUCUCUGCCUCAAACUUUUCUUUUUAAAAGUUCAACUUCUCAAAGGAACUAUUAAUAUAUAAAAAGUACUAGAUCUGAAUGCAUUGUCAACUUUACUGCAAUUUUCGACAGUUCGUGAUCAAUCUCGAUCCCGUGGUUGAAACUGUAAAUGCAGCUUCAAAUUUGUAAAAUUCGAAGUGGGUAUUAGGCCAAAGAAAAAGAAAAAUUAUUGAUCUGGAAUUGUAUGCUUUCGUCAAUUGGGUAUUAACAAACAGAAAAAAAAUGGUGUUUUGGGAAGGAUAUGUGAGUGACGAAGCAAUGGGGACAUUUGCCCCAAUUGUAGUGUAUUGGUUGUAUGCUGGGUUUUAUCAGCUGUUACCCCCUUUGGAUAAGUACCGUUUACAUACUAGAAAGGAGGAGGAAGAGAAGAAUUUCGUGACCCUCGCUUCAGUUGUUAAGGGUGUUUUGCUUCAACAGCUUGUUCAAGCAACAGUUGCUCAAUUGCUCUUUCUGUUGACAUCAACAGCAGAUGCAUCUGGAACCACAAUCCAGCCUUCUAUUCCUGUUCAAAUUUUGCAAAUUAUUGUUGCAAUGAUUGUCAUGGAUACAUGGCAGUACUUUGUCCACCGUUGCAUGCAUCAUAACAAAUUUUUAUACCGUCAUGUCCACUCCCAACAUCAUAGGCUGGUUGUUCCCUAUGCAAUUGGGGCCCUAUAUAAUCACCCUCUUGAGGGUCUCUUGCUUGAUACAUUUGGUGGUGCCAUCUCUUUCCUCAUCUCAGGAAUGACUGCACGAACAGCUGUAAUUUUCUUCUGCUUUGCUGUGGUUAAAACUGUGGAUGAUCAUUGUGGGCUAUGGUUGCCUGGCAAUUUAUUCCACAUUUGCUUCCAGAAUAACUCUGCUUAUCAUGACAUCCAUCAUCAAAUCCAAGGAAUGAAGUACAACUACUCCCAGCCAUUCUUCCCAAUUUGGGAUAUGCUACUUGGAACUCACAUGCCUUAUGUUCUCUUAAAGCGACCAGAAGGGGGUUUUGAGGCAAGGAUAAAGAAAGACUAGUCACAUUCCGUUGAUUUGUCUUGUGUAGUGCUAGAGGCUCGCAUUUCACACUGGAACAUAUAUAUAUAUAUAUAUAUUAUGAGGUUGUGCCAUUCUAGGGAAGUUGAAUUAGAAACGGUUUGUUUGAGGCUUGAAGUUCUAGGGGAGGUCAUUGGGUUAUUUGUUUCUAGUUGCUUGACGAUGUUGUGUGUCUAGUUACAAUUAUUUUACCAACCAACUAUAUGAAUUGUUAAUUCUGCCAUUCUGGGUUGUCUAUUGUGUAGCAUAUUUGUUUAUGUUAGCCGGAUCUAGGUCUUCAUGUUUGGUAAUUUGUCUGGGACUAGCUGAUGAGCAAGACGGCUAGAAUUGAUCUACAAGAUUAUUAUAUGUAAUUUACAGUGCUUAAAUUACUGAUUUCAGGUUCUUAUU